AUGCCCUCUGAAAAGAAAUGUAUAGUAAUAUCUAUUGGUUCUCAUUCUACAAUUGUAGGUUUCAGCGAUAGGGAACUUCCAACCUGUAUUUUACCAUCAACCUAUAUGCAAAAUAAAAACAAUUUAAAUGAGUACAUUUUUGAUAAGUAUGAAAUGUUACAACUUUCCUCAUCUAGAAACAGUACUGCAUCUAAAGAUGAUUAUGAGGUGUUUACCUUGGUAAAUGAAAAUGAGAUACCAUAUAAUUGGACUGCUUUAGAAAAACAAUGGGAUUAUAUAUUUAAACAAAAAUUGCAAUGUGAUCCAAAAGAAUAUCCAAUGGUAAUUUCUAUUCCUAUGAUAUCAAAAACUACCCAAUUAAGAAUUUUAAUGGAAAAGUAUAUGGAAUUAGCAUUUGAAAAAUUUGAUGUUCCAAUAAUACAGUUUUUGUUAGAACCCUUAGCUACCACAUUAUCCAUGGGCAAGAAAAAUGCAUUAGUUAUUGAUAUCGGUUUUAAUGGAUGUAAAAUAACACCUGUUAUUGAUGGGAUUGUAGUUAAGAAUGGUGUCACUAAAAAUAAAUAUGGUGGAGCAUUUUUGGAUUAUGUUAUUAGUAAAUUCCUAGAUCAAAAAGUUAAGAAUUCUAAUGAAAAUAUAAACACAAAUUUAGAACCCAAAGAGAAGACUCCAAUCGAGAUUUGGUGGGAAUCAAAUACUUGUAUCCAAGAUUUUAAAAUGACAAUGUUACAAGUAUGUGAUAAAGAUUUACAGGACUUAGAGAGAUAUUAUAGAGAACAAGAACAAAUGUAUUUAAAGCAACAAGAACAAAUGAAACAACUUGGUGGGACAGGAAUUGUUACAGGUACUGUGCCAGCAUUCAAUAGUAAUAUAAUCAAUAUGACAAAUAAUCCAUUAACACAAAAUAAAAAUUACUUGUAUAAACCACUUAAUAAGACUUUGAAAUUGACUCAAAAAGAUAUAUUAAGUAUUAGUGAGUACCUUUUUAAGCCUAAUUUAUUUUCUGAGACAUUUCCACAAGAUGAUGGAUUGAGUGAAAUUGUUAGUAAGUGUGUCAAGAAGACUGCUGCAACCAUAUGUAAUAGUACAAAUAAUAAUAUUGAUGGUGAUAAUACCAAUACUGAUAAAAGUGGUGAGAUUAGUAGUAAUAGUCACAAAAAUACUAGUGCAAAUCCUAACAACACUAUGAUAAGGACUAUUGGGUCAUCAUUAAUCAUACCUCCUAAGCCAACAUCUGAUGGCACUAACAGUAACAGAAAUAGUGGAUUAAAUAGGUUUGACAACAAUAUCAAUUUCCUUGAUGGAUUCCCAUCUUCAAUCCAAAUGGGCAAUAACGGAAAUUCUGUAACUACCACUCCAGAACAUAUUUAUUCAUCUCUAUUAACCAAUGUUAUCAUAACAGGGUCAACCUCAUUAAUUAAUGGUAUGGAACAACGUAUAAUUCAGGAAUUAUCAAUUAGAUUCCCACAAUAUAAAUUAAUUACUUUUGCUAAUCAAUAUACGAUGGACAGACAGUUACAAGGGUGGAUUAGUUGUUGUACCAUGGCAAAUUUACCAACCUGGGAAUUAGGUAGAUGGUAUUCACAAGAAGAAUGGAUAUCCGCCCAAAACUCUUUAAACACUAAUGAAGAAUCUGUUCAAACAUAA